ACGUAACGUACGUCCACCACUACCGCAUACAUUUGUAAAUAUUGUGUUAUCACACAUUAGUAAAUUGCUAGAACAAGAAGAAGCAUUGUUUACUAGUUGUUGCUACGUUUCUUUAUUUACUAAUUGUUUAAUUUUUAAUAAAUAUGAGCAACACAAUAGAUAAAGUGCGUAUUUUAUUGGUAGGAGAUUCAGGUGUUGGAAAGACAUGUCUCACCCAUUUAAUAGCCCAUGGCGAAAGUCUUCACAGACCCGGCUGGACAGUGGGCUGUAACAUCGAAGUCAAACUGCACGAAUACAAAGAGGGUACGCCACAACAGAAGCCAUACUUCAUUGAACUAUUCGAUGUGGGUGGUUCAUUGAGUCACAAAAAUUCACGCAGUGUUUUCUAUGCACCCACCGAUGGUAUAAUACUGGUACAUGAUUUAACUAAUCGUAAGAGUCAUAAUAAUUUACGAGAUUGGCUAUUCGAGAUACUCAGUAAAGAGGGAAAAGAUACAUAUAAACCGGGAAGUAAUGUUGGCGCUCACAAGACGGCAAAUGACGAACAAAACGCCUUCGAUCCAGAGGAAUUUGUUGGAGCCGCACAAAUACCCAUACUUGUAAUGGGUACAAAAUUGGAUUUGGUGGAUGAGAGGAGACAACCAAAAACCGUGCAGAAAGCAGGCGGAAUAGGUAAAAGUAAAUCUGAACAAUGCGGCGCUGAAGAAAUAUGGCUAAAUUGUCGUGAUCCAAGAAGUAUAGCGGCUGGAACAACAGAUGCUGUGAAAUUGUCAAGAUUCUUCGAUCGUGUAAUUGAAAAGAAACAACAGACACGUGAUACAGGCUUUUAUGGUAGCGGUAUAACAGAUAGACGUCGCUACAAUACCACCUCGACAAUGCCCUACAAUAUGACCAAUAUUACCACGGCAGCAAAUUCUAUGAAACCCAACUCCCCCACACAGACGCAAACGAGAAAUGUUUUAAUAGAACCAAAUGUUUUAUAAUAAUCAAUAAACAAAUCAUAUUUUAUAGUUUAAAAAAGGAA